GGAUAUAAACGGGGUCUCUGCAUCCAAUCUUCUAUAACCGAAAGUCCGAAACCCUAGCCUACGUCUGCCUUCUAUAUAACAAACAAAUAAAUCCUUUGUUCUGUGUGUUCAUAUUGUUGAUGAUGGAGUCGGCGGAAACAGGAGAAUGCCUGUGGAUGGUGACAGACAACAAAAUCUUUGGCAUCCGCAUUGAGAAGUUAGAAAAAUUGGGGAAGAAUGAGGUUAGGGAUUGGAAAUCCCAUCUUGAGCGGGCUCCCUUUGAUUUCCAUUUGGAGCUUCCAGAGGUCAACAUGUCUCCCUUUAUCUUCGCCUCGAAACUUUUCUUAACCACUGAGCCAAACGAUUCUGGCACGAAGAUCUACCAAAUCUCCUAUGUCGGCGGCGAUACGGUGGAAAUAUCUGAGGCGGUAGCGACGGGCGCAAUCCCUCCGGUACCGACCGGCUUCCCGAAUUACAUUGCAAACAUUAAAGGUGACGUUUACUUCGUGGGGCAGCUUGACGCACAGGGAUUAUGUGGUACGGGGUUAUGGGUUUUACGUUCCAAUUCCAGGGAAUGGGUUUCUGUGUCCGCUCCUCCAACCGAAUACGACUCUGAUAAUCUUGGUUGUCCUUUUGGUUUCGUUCUGAAAGACAAGCUGUUCCUGUGUCCCUUGCCCGCACGAGGAAUUAGCUAUGUUUACGACCCCCCAGCCAACAAAUGGACUAGACUGGAGUCCAUAUUUUCUUUUUCUGAUCAUCAUUCUCUCCCAUCCUUUGUGUUAGUGUCGCCCCCUGGGGAUGUAGGCGAUCGCAGCGUGGUGCUGACAGGGAGAAUGAAGAGUCUUCCCGGCGGAUCUCGUGUGAAAUAUGACAUACACGCUUUGCUGGUGGAUAAUCAAGAUUAUCGUGUUCAUCGCCGUCAACGCCUUGAUGAGGUGUGUGAGGCGAUCCAACCAUCCUUCUUUAAAGCUUCGGACUCAGACCUCAGCUUGGUUGACCUUGGCAACAGCAAAGUAUGCGUUAUGAUCGGUGGUCUCGCAGAACGCAUUCCAUCCCUUUGCAUUUUAGUAGUUGAAUUAGGGUUGGUACAAGAGGAGGAGCAGCAAAGGUUCUUAUCUGUGCGUGUACUCGUCAAUCGAGUCUUCGAUAUGGUGCCUGAUAACUUAGAGGACCGCAGUCUUCAAGUGCCCUGCACCUCUUUUAUUUUCUCGCUCAGCAAAGAUUGCAUCUCUCCAAGGAAAGUCCCCAAGCUAGCUGGUGGGACCAAUCCAAGCAACCCAACAACAUCAUUUGAACAAGAAUGACUAACUUCACCUUGUUCAUGUAUGCUUUAUUUUAUCAGAUCUCUCAGUUAGACAUUUCUAUGUUUGGAGCUUUACUGGUAAUUGAACUACUGUAAAUAGAUAUUAGGAAGAAUGCAAAUGCCUAAAUGGUAAUGGAUAAUUUUAAUAAUGGAUUCCUUUCCCCUUUGUCCAUAA